AUGCAUCGUGACUCUUGUCCGCUGGACUGCAAGGUUUAUGUGGGUAACCUUGGGAACAAUGGCAACAAAACUGAGUUAGAAAGAGCCUUCGGCUACUAUGGACCUCUGCGCAGUGUGUGGGUGGCAAGAAACCCUCCUGGCUUUGCCUUUGUGGAGUUUGAAGACCCACGAGAUGCAGCUGAUGCAGUAAGAGAGUUAGAUGGAAG